AUGGGAACUUCGAGUGCAAAUGACAUGGACGUGGUCGUGGACGUGGACGUGGACGUGGACAUGGACAUGGACAUGGACGUGGACAUGGACGUAGACGUGGACAUGGACGUGGACGUGGACAUGGACGUGGACAUGGACGUAGACGUGGACCUGGACGUGGACGUGGACGUGGACGUGGACGUGGACGUGGUCGUGGACGUGGACGUGGACGUGGACGUGGACAUGGACAUGGACGGGGACGUGGACGUGGACGUGGACGUGGACGUGGACGCGGACGUGAACGCGGACCUGGACGUGGACGUGGACGUGGACGUGGACGUGGACCUGGACGCGGACAUGGACGUGGACAUGGACGUAGACGUGGACGUGGACGUGGACGCGGACGUGGAUGUGGACGUGGUCGUGGACGCGGACGUGGACGUGGACGACUUGGACGUGGACAUGGACGUGGACGUGGACGUGGACAUGGACGUGGACGUGGACAUGGACGUGGACGUGGACGUGGACAUGGACGUGGACGUGGACAUGGACGUGGACGUGGACGUCGACGUGGACACGGACGUGGACGUGGACGUGGACAUGGAAGUGGACGUGGACGUGGACGUGGAGGUGGACAUGGACGUGGACGUCGACGUGGAGGUGGACAUGGACGUGGACGUGGACGUGGACGUGGAGGUGGACGUGGACGUGGAGGUGGACGUGGACGUGGACGUGGAGGUGGACAUGGACGUGGACGUGGAGGUGGACGUGGACGUGGACGUGGACGUGGACGUGGACGUGGACGUGGACGUGGACGUGGUCGUGGACGUGGACGUGGACGUGGUCGUGGACGUGGACAUGGACGUGGACGUGGACGUGGACAUGGACGUGGACGUGGACAUGGUCGUGGACAUGGACGUGGACGUGGACGUGGACGUGGCGAUGGACGUGGACGUGGACGUGAACGUAGACGUGGACGUGGACAAGGACGUGGACAUGGACGUGGACGUGGACGUGGACAUAGACGUGGAGGUGGACGUGACGUGGACGUGGACGUGGACGUGGACGUGGACGUGA